UUGAGACCGAUCCCGAGCGGGGAGAUCCGAUGUUGGCCUUGAGCCCCGAAAUGAGGGCCUAUUACUCAUUUAGUACCCAGUUAUCUGGGCUCGUCAGAAAUGUAUCGGCUUCACGGAAUUAAGCGAUCCAAACCAGGAGCCCAGGCUGUCUAUUUUCUCAGCACUGAAAGGGGAGUCCCGCCAACAGGUCACGUGAGACUGUGCGCCGCAGAUCGGCCCCGCCCUCCGCUUUGUGACGCACGAUCACGUGGUGUGUUGCGAACAAGGUUUACAAGAAUAAUCUCAGCAAUGAUCGGCUUUAUGUAUGAGGAGCAUUUGAUGGUUGUGGACCUGUGCUCAAUGGAGUUCAGAGGGACAGUGGGGUUGGUGGAGGGAUGUAUGGUUAAGUAAACCUACCGAAUGCUGGAAAGCCUGGAUACAGUGGACAUGGAGAGGAUGUUUCCAUUAGACGGAGAGUCUGUGAUCUGACAGCAUAGGCUCAGAAUAAAGACGCUUCCCUUUAAAAUUGAGUUAGACCUGCGGUGAGAGAUUUAUUGGAAUAAAAAACCCAACUGGAAGCAAACCACGACUGAAGAUGAGGGAACAUCAACAAGUGAACCAGCCAGAGGAUUGAGAGCAUCAACUGAAGAGAAUCCAUCUGACUCGGAGAUUCCAGUGAUUCAGUCAGGAGAAAGUUUGGUUAAAAAUGAGAAGGAGUUUGUCUCCCGGAAGCUCAAACAUGGCACACCAGUUUUGCUGUCUCUGUCUAGAUAUUUAAGAAGUGAAGCAAGGGAUUGAAUCGACCAUCCUUCCUGAUCAGACUACGGGGCAGGAUUCACUCAGUCAUUUGACCAACUGGCAUGCCCAUCAUUUUACACUGUCUUCUGCUCAGACAGUGGGAAUGGAUUCAGUCAGUCAUCUCAACUGAAGGUACAUCAGUAAGUUCACAUUGGGCAAGGUCAUUCACCUGUUCUUUGUGUAAGAAAGCAUUUAGUCUGUCAUCCCACCUGUGGACACACCAGUCAGAAGCUGGUCACCUGUUGAAUUUCUGGGAAAGGAUUCACUCGGUCAUCUGACCUGAUGGCACACCAGCGAGUUCAGACCGGGGAGAGGCCAUUCACUUGCUCGGACUGUGGGAUGAGUUUCACUCGGUCAUCCACCCUACAGAGACACCAGCGAGUUCACACUGGGGAGAAGCCAUUCACCUGCUCAGUCUGUAGGAAGGGAUUCACUCAGUCAUCCAAACUGAAGAGUCACCAGCGAGUUCACACUGGGGAGAAGCCAUUCACCUGCUCAGAAUGUGGGAAGGGAUUCAUCAAAUCUUCCACCCUACAGAGGCACCAGCGAGUUCACACUGGGGAGAAGUUGUUCACCUGCUCAGUCUGUGAGAAGGGAUUCAUCAAUUCUUCCACCCUGCAGAGGCACCAGUGUGUUCACACUGGAGAGAAGCCAUUCACCUGCUCAGACUGUGGGAAGGGAUUCACUUUGUCAUCGAAACUAGUGAGACACCGGCGAGUUCACACUGGGGAGAAGCCGUUCACCUGUUCAGUCUGUGGGAAGGGAUUCAGUCAGUCAUUUCGCCUGCGGAGUCAUCAGCGAGUUCACACUGGGGAGAAGCCAUUCUCCUGCUCAGAAUGUGGGAAGAAGUUCACUUCGUCAUCUAACCUGCAGAGUCAUCAGCAUGUUCACACUGGGGAGAAACCGUUCACCUGCUCAGACUGUGGGAAGCGAUUCACUUUCUCAUCUAAGCUGAAGGUACAUCAGGUGGUUCACACUGGAGAGUGGCCAUUCACCUGCUCAGUCUGUGGGAAGGGAUUCACUCAGUCCUCCACCCUACAGAAACACCAGUCAGUUCACACAUUCUGAGCUAUUCACCUGCUCAGAAUGUGGGAAAGGAUUCAUUCAGUCAUCCCAACUACUGGCACACCAGUCAGUUCACAAUGUUAUUAAUCCCUUGCUUUUGUUUACUGUGGACAUUCAUUUUAAGAGAGAGAGGGAUUAAGAAGGCAAAUCAGUCUGGCUUGCAGCUUGUUUACAUCGCUCACAGCUUGUUUAGUUUUAACCGAGGAAUCAGACACUCAGAGUCAGACGGAGAUGAAGGAGGAAAAGUGGAAGGAUCGAAACAAGGGAACUAGUGGCCAAGGGUCACUGUUUAGAGCUUUCCUAUGCCCACAAGGGUGGGUUAAGUAUCGAUUCACCAUACAUUGAAUGUGUGGUUGUCACCUUGUUUGAUCCAUAGGUGUGGAUCGGAUUUGGCGUAUCCUGUGAAGACCACUUAUGUGUUAACGCUUGGUGGGGUGUGGUGUGAUAAAUCACAUGAAGAUGAUACCCCUUGUGACAAGUCAAUUUCGGUGAUAAUUCAUAUGUGGAUUUGAAAUGACAACAGAUAAAAUCUGCAGUGACUGUUCUCUCGUUUUACCACAAUGAAACCUUUGGAAUUCGACGUAAUUGCUUUCUCUCGACAUUUACCCUGGAUUACAAAUAUCUUUCUCUCAUCACCUAUUCUGUGGAUGAACUUAACUUCCAUACUUUACCAUCUCAAGACUCUAAGCCUUGUUUCUCCUGAGCUCAAUAGUUUGGGAGUUAUAUUUACACACAUAUAUACACAUAACACUGUUAACUUUUGUUUAUCUUACUUAAUUUACUUUAUUAUAAGUAGAUACUAAUAAAGAUAAUGGAUUUAACAUCAAUACCAGAUGCCAGGAAUAGUCUAUUGCUGCUGGUUCAUUUCUAAAGCUUUUGUUUCUAAGUUUUUGUUCGUAACAAAAUUGGGGCCUGCGUCUGAGAUAUGAACAAAUUUGAGGGCGUGUUGAUUAAUUAAUUAUUGAUUUCAUUGGGGAAAUCCCUUUUGAUUUAUUUGUGCGUGCAAAAUCAGCAACAAUGGAUGUUGAUAAAUGUCUGGAAGCACCAACUUCUGAGGCAUUAGAGGACACCAGAAGGAUCGUGUUGUUGUGUAUUGCGAAAUGGUUUAAACUUGCUAAGGUGAAAUUGACAAAGAGGAAGGCACAGAUGCAGAGGAUUAUAGCUGAACAUUAUGUAUCUGAGGUGUGUUUAAAGUGGAGCAGUUGGAGGUGUUUCCUGAAAGUAAACCGAGUGAGCUUGAGCUCCAGUACAAGUUAGAAAAAUUAAAGAUGGAGGCUGCGGAAAGGCAGAGGCAGUUUGAGGGUAGAGAGGCUGAAAAACAGAGGGUGUUCAAGCUGGAAAAGAUAGAGAGAUUGCAGCAAAGGUGUCUCGCGUUAGACUCUGGUGAUAAGUUUGAGGAUGGUCUGGAAGUUAAAUUGGUACCUCCACUUGACAAGGCAGAGGUUGAUGAAUACUUUCAGCAUUUUGAGAAGGUUGGUCGGAGUUUAAAGUGGCCAGAAGAGGGUUGGCCUAUUCUCUUACAAUGUGUAAUUAAGGGGAAGGCUCAGCAAGCAUAUUCUGCCUUGACAGUGGAUGAAGCAGUUGAUCAUGAAUGAGUGAAACAGGCUGUGCUCAAAGCUUACGAGUUGGCCCCAGAAUCAUACAGGCAAAAGUUUAGAAAUUCAAGGAAAUCUGUGAACCAGACUUAUAUGGAAUUUGCUCGUGAGAAGUUUGUGUUUUGACCGCUGGUGCACAUAUAAAAAUAUAAAUGAUGAUUUUAUCAGCUUGAAAGAGUUGGUUGUAAUUGAAGAAUUCAAAAGGUGCAUCCCUGAUGACAGGAAGAUGUAUUUAGAUGAAAAGGAUGCUGCUACAUUGCAGGAGUCUGCUAGAUUCGCAGAUGAGUUUGCUUUAACUCAUCAGGUUAAGUUGACCCAGAAUAAGAGUUUCCAAAAGAGUAGCAGGGAUCACCAGGGUAAACCAGAAAUUAAAGCUGGGACUAGUGAUAAGAGUAUGGAUAACGGGAAGCAGUUGAAGGAGAAAUAUUCUGGUCUUACUUGUUACUAUUGUAAGAAGCUGCUCAUAUGAUAGCUAACUGUUCUAUCCUGAAGAAGAAAAAGAAAAAGGAGGCAGUCCCAAUUGCCUGUGUUUAGUAUGUUGAUGCACCUCUCAACCCACAGGGUUCUGAACAUUCUGUUGAGGCUCGGUUAAGGACUGAGAAGUCUGACUGAGUUGAGAGGGGAUUCGAUCAUUUUAUGUCAGAUGGGAUUGUAUUAGUAUUGUUACGUAUUCAGGCAACAAUAAAUA